UCGGUGUUGAGCUUCACAGUUUUGGUUUAGGUUAAUUUUGGGGGAACGUAAUUGUAAAGCCGUCUGGAGCUGUCGAGGGAUUUUACAUUUUAAUUUAUUUAUUUAUUUAUUCCUCCACUGAGAUUUUUAUUUAUUUAUUGGAUGUAUCUUCUCAGAUAGUGUGAGAUGCAGUUCAGGACUCGUUGCUGUUUGAGAUUUGAAGAGCGCGGUCUACUUUGUUUGGGGAAAGAGUGUUUUUUCUUGCUUCGACUUGGUUUGAUAGGGGAUUGUGUUACAGUGAACAUCUUGCAUUUCCACCUUUGUUGCUUGUUUUAUACGUGAUGAUUCUAUACUUUGCGUAGUCUAUAUUUCAUCUGCAUUAUGUCCUCUUUCUAAGUCCAAUCUUAAAGUAGGCGGAGGUUUGACAGGCGGCUCUAAUGUUACACACGUGUGGGGUGUGAUAUUAUGUGAAUGCUGAGAAACACUUGGUGUGAGCCUGCACAUUUUGUUGCAUCGAAAAAGAACUUGAAAAGAAACGUUCUAGAGUGAGAGGCAGACAUCUAAAACAGAAGCGAUGCCUAAGAGGAAGGGUAAUGCGACUAACCAUUCAGACGAGGAUGAAGAAGGUACCAACCACAAUCAGAAGACGAUCUCUGGGGAUGGCGACAGUGUGGUUGCUGUUGAGCUGUCUCGCAAUCGGAAGGUGGUUGUGAAGAAAUUCAAAGGAAAGGUAUUUGUGGACAUUAGAGAGUUCUUCAAUAAAGAAGGCAACGAACUCCCAGGAAAGAAAGGUAUUUCGCUCCCCCUGGAUCAGUGGAAAAUGUUCCAGUCACACUUCACAGGUAUACAGGAGCUGAUUCAAAGCCUUAAUUGAGGCUAUAUCUUCCAUAUUAGAUUCUGCGGCAUGAUUUCAAGCAACUCCUCAGUUCUGUGUCAUGAGUUGAAGUGAUUUUGUAUUGUUCAACAUUGGCCAGUAAUUAAAUGUUGAAGAUCAGCAUUUUGAACCACUACAAGCACUCCUGGUUUGAUAGAUUUUGCGUCGGCUAAGUAUCAAUUUUGCAUUAUGUAGAUAGUAUCAUCCGGUUUGCUGGGACACUCGCCCAAGGCCGUUGUGCAGCUGUUGACUUCAGGAUGUUAACACUCAUCAAUUACUUGAUUCUAAAGUCAUUUAUUCCUGAGUUCAGAAGUUAUGAUUUCAUCAACUUUCUGCUAGGGAUGAGUAUUUCACAAA